AUGGCUACUCCUAACCUAAGCCUCACCCCCCUCACACAACUUCAAAUUACCGCCGCAUCCCACGCCGUCCUCACCCACCAAGCGAAAGCGCAAGACCUACACAAAAAGCGACCCUUCGCAGCGAUCCUUCUAGCCCCAGACAAUGAAACAAUCCUCCUCUCCUCGAACUCUCUCUCGCACGUGCGACACGCGGAAAGCGAGCUCGCGCGCAACGCCGCAGACAACUAUGACUGGGCUUACCUGGCGGGCUGCACGCUAGUGUCGACCUGGGAGCCGUGUGCGAUGUGUGCGGGGACCAUCUACUGGGCGCAUAUUGGACGGCUGGUGUAUCUGGCAUCGGAGAAGGCAUUGCAGGGGGUUAUUGGUGUUGGAAAUCCGGAAAAUUUGACGCUGAAUUUACCAUGUCGGCGUGUUUUCGAGAAGGGACAGAGUGUGGUAGAGGUGAUUGGGCCGUUGGUUGAGAAGGGAUGGGAAAGGAAAGUUGUAGAGGACAGUAGGCGGUAUUGGGGCGGGGGAAAUUAG